UGCAAAAACCUAUAUAUUCUAUUUCUGUGAUAGGCGUUGGCAACACUGCCCUAGGGAUAUUUUGAAUAAACAGUUGGUAACUUUUAACUCCUAUUUCUUGAGCGUUUGUUUAUGUUUCUCAUAGAUAACAAUCACAGAACAAAUAACAAUGAUGUUUCUUGCCUUCUUCGGGGUUUUCUAUUUUUUUGCAAGGUAGCUUUUUCGCCUAUAGGCGACUAUAGUCGAAGUCACGACAUGUUCCUUAUUUUUCGUUGUUAAAAAACUCAAGCUUGCCAAAGUAUUUUCGAAUGAAUACAACUAUUCUGUGAUCAUUAAAUAUAAGUAGUAGUUUCCAUGCACAAUGGAGCAAAUAGUGGUUAAAAGUGAACCUGAAGAACUAGUUGACGAUUAUAAAGGUGAUAUUUUGAUGAAUUAUGCUAACCAAGAAAUGUCUUCAACUUCUGGGAUACCAAUAAACAUUGAGCAAAUAUAUAUAAAACAGGAAAUCAAAGAAGAAUUCAAAACCGAAGACGAAAUGUUGCUCAACGAAGGGACCUACAGUGAAGUUGAAAAUAAAGAAAUACUGGCAAAAAUAGACUUUCCAAAAACAGAAAAAGAAAGUCGCAAGGAACAGUCUUUAAAAUCAAGAGAUAAAGUUGAAGAAGAAAAGUGGUUUAAAUGCGACCUUUGCCCUAAGAAAUACCCAACAAAGGGGAAUUUAUUUCGACAUAAAAAUAGUGUUCAUAAAAUAGAUGAACCAGAACAAUUUAAGUGUGGAAAAUGUGAAUAUCAGGCUUUAACCAAACGCGAUUUUAAGUACCAUUUAAACAUUCACGAUGAGAAAAAUUUAAAAUGCCAUUUUUGUCCUUAUAUAGCUACUCAAAUACUUAAUUUGAAUGCACAUAUUUUAUCCACUCAUAAAAGUUGUUUAAAUGCUAAUAAAAAAACUCACACCAAAAAAACUCCAAAUAAAACAAUAGAAUUGAAAUGUUUGUUUUGUCAAUAUAAAAGUGGUAUAAAAAAAAAUUUAGACAAUCAUAUUUUAACUAUACAUUCAAGUUUGUUGAACAAAACCAAUAAAAAUAUCAUCACCUCCAAAAUACACCAUUGCGAACAAUGCGACUACAAAACUACACAAAUAAAAUUUCAAGAGGAAGUAAAAGAGGAAAAAUUGUAUAAAUGCGAUGUUUGUCCUAAGAAUUACAAAACAGGAGGUGGUUUAAAGGAACAUAAAAGGCAUAUUCAUAAUAAAGGUGAACAAGUCCAGUAUAAAUGUUGCAAAUGUGGAUAUAAGACUGCCAGAAGAGGUCAUUUAAAUUAUCAUUUGAAAAUACACGACAAGGACAAAUAUUUGAAAUGCCGCUUUUGUCAAUAUAUGGCUGCUGGAUCGCAGACGUUAAAUGCACACCUUAUAAGUAAACAUAGGUUGGAAAAUGAAGGAGAGAAUAAAAUAAAAAUAACAAGUAAAAUACACGAGUGUCCUAAAUGUUCGUAUUCAACUGUUAGAAAAAAUGAUUAUAAUAAUCACAUUAAGGCAUGUUUGAAAUUAAAAAAUGUCAAAUGGCAUAAAUGUGACCUUUGCCAUUUUAGAACUAUUACUAUAAGUAAUUUAAACACCCAUAUAAAAACCCAUAACAAAAUAAAAGAAUUGAAAUGUUUGUUUUGUUCCUAUCAAUGUAAUUUGAAACAAAACUUGGACAACCACAUCUUAAUUAAACAUUUCGAUUUGUUAAAUGAAUCAAAUCAAAAUUUAAUCACUUCCAAAGUACACUGUUGCCAACACUGUAAUUACAAAACCACAAAUACAAGUGAUUUAAAAAAACAUUUAAGUAGAAAACAUUAAUAAUUUAAUUAAAUGUACUCUAACCGAAAUUUCAAAGUUUGUAAUUU